AAAACAUUGUCCGUCCCAAAGUUGUCAUUCAGAUCCUGAAGAUCUUCAUCCUGUUGUCAUUCAUAUUUCUCUGUGGUAAAGCAUUGCAACGGUUGUUUUGAAAUAACUGGGAAUGUGGCCAUUACGCGGCGCUGUCAAAUUUCGAAUCGGGGUACAAAUUUGCCGUUGUUUUACCUUUUGGCGCUAGUGUCACCAAGUGUGCACCCUAGUAUAGUUCCACCAAGAGAAUGUGUUAGUUUUACUUGGAAAACACUAAUUGAAUUCUUGUUCAACUUGUUUCUUAUUGAAAAUAAUGAAACUAAUUAUCAAUGGGUUGUUCAAAUUUUGUUGCUGGGUCAGUAAAAUAAUCAUACACAUCUUGUUAUUUAAGCAAAAACAGCUUAGAAUCUAAGUAGCAAAAUUUAAAGGUGCACUAGUGAAAUAUUUUUUCAGAAAGCGCCAUCAUGCACACCAAAUUUUUACUGCUGGAAAUCAACAAAUUUUUGCUGAUUUUUUGUGUGCUGCAAGUUCAGCAAUUCUUCCAGCAAAACAAAAUUUGCUGAAUCACAUUCCCAGUUAUUUCAAAACAACCGUUGCAAUGCUUUACACAACUGCACUACAUGAGCUUGGACGUCUGUUCUCUGUGCCUCAAUUAGGGAUUUUAUCCGCAAUUGUAAAACUUUUUCUCGAAAAUCCCUGGGCUUGACUUAUAUCUUCCAGGAAGCUUUGAUUUUGGACAUGUGGUAUCAAUAUCAGCAUCAACAUUGUUUUUUUUUCGAAUGAGUCUAAUCAGUUUCGUACCUUUAAAUUCCGCCCUAUGUUGCUUAUACUUAGACAGAUACACGUAUUUCGACUACCACUUGUAAUCCUCCUCAGUGUCAGUUAUCCCACGAGUGGAUUCGAAGAGGGUAUUCUGCUUAGAGGGUUCGAAAAGUCGAUACAAGAUCAACAUUGUUGUUACUUCGUAAAAUGGCUCAUAAACGCAUGCAUUCUUACGUGAUUAUCUUUGAAAGUAACUGGACUUUUACGUGUCGCAAAAAAUCGGGCAUCAACAGCGCCGCUAAUAUGGAUUGGAUAAAAUGUUGAAAUUCCAAGAAAACUGAUUUCUACUGCGCAAAACAUAGCCAGUAAGUGGCUUUGUUGUUAAGCCAGAUAAGCUAUCCAGCCUAAAAGAAAGAUAGUGGGGCAAAGAGAAUUAUCGUGUGCUUGCCACAUGCAGAACACCGAGUAGAAAAGCGUGCUCUGCCCGCUUUUCUCGUAACGUAAUGCCAACGGAAAAGAAAAGAAGAUAGAUAAGAUAAGAUACCUAAGCUAAUAAGUAUUGAUAACUUGACUUCGAUAAUUUGGCAAGUGCUUUUGACAGUUUUGUGAAGACAGUUGCAAAGAACGUUUGUUUGGUGCAAGUCAGAGAAAAAUCUGGUGGAGAAUUCAGCUGACUGGAAUUCGGACUCUACAUAGAUUAGCGUCGAAACUAAACAGUACCUAUUACAUAUUCAAAAUGGCAUGCUCAAACCUGGAUGUCAUUGAUCCGGAAAGCUCAGCUCUAGUGACAUACGAAAGCAGCAUCAAGUCUGGAACCCACGGCGAUGUGUACCAAAAGCAGUUAGCCCAACUUCUUUUGCUUAGGCUGACUCGAGAAGAGAGGGAUUUCAACUUGGCUUACGAACUGACAUCCGCGGAUAAGUUUGAUGACGUGGUACUGUACGACAAAGAAGCCAAGCAAUGGACUUUUCUACAAUCGAAACAUGUCGACGGCAAAGAUUCAAAGAUAGAUCUCAAUGGCUUGCUUCCAGAAGCAAAUCGGGAAAAGGGAGAUUUCAGUUUGUACAAAUAUUUCACUUCGUACAUGCUAAUUCGAAACAGGUUCAAAGGCAAACUUAAGUUUCUGCUGUUUACCAAUAAGAAACUUGAUGAAAAGCUGAAAACUGCAGGAAAUCACAUGUCGAUCAACGAUCAAGAAGUACACGAAUAUCUUCGCUUUACUUUUGAAGGGGCAACGCACAAAGUUCUCACACCGACUGAAUCGACAAUUCAAUCUAUCAUGGAAUACGGCAACAAAGAUUUAUACACCCUGAAGGACGCUAUCAAGGAGCUAUUUACUAAAGGAAUUAUUACAAAAGAGUUGCAGAAGCACAAGGCAUAUUUGAGGAAUAUUUUAAAAGAGUCGGAAAACAAUCAAAUAAGUUUCAAAAAUUCCUUCAACGACUCAUUGAUUUUCAUUGCUAAAUUAUACAAAGUGCUUCAACCAGAGCUACGAGAUUUCAUACCUAUCGAUAAACCAAAAGCACUCGACAUUAAAGAAGUAGAAUUUGUUCAUUCAAGCUGCCCACCAGAUGAAGGUCAGGAUUUCGAGCAACUAAUUGACGCCAUCAAAAAUGUUUUCCGCACCGGAAUUGUAACAGAUAGUUUAAAAAAAUACGAAAAUCUUAUCGCUUUGAUUCUAACAACUGCAAACGGCCAACUAGCAUUCAAACACACUUUCAAUCGUGAUGUAGUAUUUAAAGCUGAAUUGUAUCGAAUGUUAAGGAAUGAAUUAUGUGCCAUGAAUGAGGAAGUUACUACGAAGCAGAAACUGUUCGAUGGGAAGGAUUCACGGAACAAACACCAUUCAUCAUUAUUCUAUGUGGACGCAUCUGAUGUGAGAGAUUUUUUUGAGCACCUCACAUUAUCAGUGCAUCAACCGGAUGAGUUGGAACCCUUCAUCGUCGAGGAGUUGCACUUAUGGAUGAGGCAGUGGUUGCGACCCGACGUUUUAGGUAAGCUAAACGAAGUCGAUGACAAAAAUGCGGUGAAAGAUUUGGAUGAUUAUUUUGACGCAGCGCUUCAGUGCGAGCAAGGUAAUUCCAAACCAUACUUAGGUCCGGAUUUCGUAGAGGAGUACUAUAACAAGUUACGAUCUAAAAUUAAAGAACUCUAUCCGGUAUUAAAAGACACAAAUCAGUUAUAUAUCAAUAGGGUGCUUGUUUUUGAAAAAGAGGAUAUUGAUGCACCUGAAAUUUUACAAGAUUCUCAGUUUGACGGAAACGUGGAAUCUGAGCUAGAUCAUAGUUCAGGAGAAAUUAUUCCACAUAAUGAUAAUAAUACUGCAAGGGGUGGGCGUGAACUGGAUGAAAAAAUAUCGGAUAAAAAAACAUACGAGGAAAUUACUGACAGUCAGUUUGCAGCUAAUCUGAGGACUCGGUUUUCACAUCAUCAGUGUUUAGUUUUGACAGCGGACCCUGGGAUAGGUAAAACUGAACUUCUUCAAUAUGUUGCUCUUGAACAUCAAAAACUCACAUCAGAAGUCGUUUUCUUAUUUUACUUGAACGGAAUUCAAAAUGUCAAUGAAUCAUCGUUAGAUAUGAUCAAAUCUGCAUUAUCUCCAAGUAACGUAAAACUCAUACAGGACGUUUUGAAUAAUAAGUCUAAUGAUCAUAUUACGAUACUGUUUGAUGGGUAUGACGAAGUACAUGAGAAAAAUGAAAACAGAAUGCACAAUCUGUUCAAAUUAUUAUUGAAAUCAAAUCAUAUUCGACUUGUUGUAAGUGUAAGAAAUCAUAGGAAAAAAUCAUUGAAGAAUUUCUUGCGUAUGCACAAGUUUAAUGUCGGAUACUCUACAUUGCAACCGUUCAACAGUAGAAAUAUAACUGAAUAUCUUGCACGAUCAUGGAUGGAAUACUUAGAAUGUGAUAUCAAUUCCAAAUUUUACACUUAUUCCAAAUUUUUGAUUGAAAAAUUUUAUAGCUUGUGCAGUGUUCCAUUAAUGGUCAAAAUGAUGUCGGAAAUAUACAAAACGGGGUUCCAGAAGUUCAAAGCAUCUUAUAUAAAAGACAAAGAAAGUGAAAUAAGUUAUUUGGAACAAGAGUUUUUGGAAGUAGACCAUAUUUACGAAAUUUUCAUAAAAAACUGUUUACUAUUAAAGGUAAAGGAUGUUUGUAAUGGCGUUGGAAUAGUUAGCUUGAACAACCAGAUUUUAGAGGGGUUUUAUCUUGACCAUCAACUACUGGCAAUAGAGUUUCUUGACGUUGGUGAACUGAAAUUUAUUUUUAAUAACCCUAAGUACAUGAAAAAAAUGGAUUGUAUCCAAGGUCGUCACCUGAACCAGUCCGAAAAAUCCAUUCUCGUAAAAUUUGUUGACGAUAAAGUAUUUUUUUCUCAUCAUUCUUACGCUGAAUAUUUUGUUGCAAACUUUUUGUGGGACGAUUUCAUUUAUUUGAAGAACAUUGUUAAAAAAGUAUUGGAUUCUUUUCCGGCAAUAAGAAAUUUUUUUAUUCAAAUAAUAGAAAAAAACAUCAAAUUGUUCGUAUCAAAACUAGCCCAAGAGACAUCUUUUGUUUCAAGAGAAGUUAUUCUAUGGGCUUGUGAAUGUAAUGCCGUAGAAUUAUUGAAAUACGUGCUUCCUAAAAUAUAUUUUUUUAGGCCAAACGGGACAAAAAUGCUUAAAAUUGCCAUUGAAAACGGCAGCGACAAAAUAUGUGCGUAUUUGAUCAAUGACUGUAAAGUGCAUCCCGAUGUUAAGUUUGACGGUGGUCUAGCUGCCUUAAUUUGGGCCAUAAUAUAUGGACAUAAAAAUUUAGUUCGGAUAUUGCUUGAAAAAGGAGCAGACAUUAAUAUUCGAAACACAGAAGGUUGGUCAGCUCUGCAUUAUGCAGUUCAUCACAAAAGAAUAGCGAUAUCAAAAUUUUUGAUCGAUAAAGGCAUUAACGUGAACUACCAAACACGUGAAGGCAAAACACCUCUUAAUUUAGCUGCGGCAGGAGGACACACAGAAGUUGUUAUACUUUUAAUUGAAAAAUUGAUCGAACAAUUUCCUUCGCGUAAUAUUAUUGAUAGUGCAUUUCAGACAGCUGUUCAAUAUGGCCAUAGUUCUGUACAGGAUAUGCUUAAGAGAAAAUUUCCCGAACAUGCUUUUACAAAAGAUAUCGACGGUCCAUUGAUGCACAUUGCAGCCGACGAUGGAAUAAUCAAAGAAGUAAAACGAUUGAUAAACAAUGGUGCCAAUGUUAAUGCGCCGAGUGUAACAGGUUAUACGGCUUUACACAUCAGUGCAUCUUCAGGUCAUCGUCCUAUUGUGGAACUACUGCUUGAUAACGGCGCUAACGUAAACGCUGCUGAUAGAAAUAAACAUACACCUCUUCAUUUAGCAUGCCAAAAUGGCCGUAAAGAAGUUGUGGAAAUAUUGAUUAGGGAAAAAGCCAACAUUGAAGCAUUGGAUCAAGAUAACUGGACACCUCUUCAUUCUGCUUCCUGGUAUGGACAUGAAGAAGUUGUGGAAAUAUUGAUUAGGGAAAAUGCCAACAUUGAAGCAUUGGAUCAACAUAACUGGACACCUCUUCAUUUAGCAUGCCAAAAUAAUCAUAAAGAGGUUGUGGAAAUAUUGAUUAGGGAAAAAUCCAACAUUGAAGCAUUGGAUCAAUAUAACAGGACACCUCUUCAUUGGGCAUGCCAGAUAGGUCAUAAAGAGGUUGUGGAAAUAUUGAUUAGGGAAAAAGCCAACAUUGAGGCAUUGGAUCAAUAUAACUGGACACCUCUUCAUUUAGCAUGCCAGGGUGGUCAUAAAGAGGUUGUGGAAAUAUUGAUUAGUGAAAAAGCCAACAUUGAGGCAUUGGAUCAAGAUAACUUGACACCUCUUCAUUUAGCAUGUUUGCAAGUUCAAAAAUUGAUUGAUUUGUCUAUAUUAGAGAGACUUUCAGCCCUUGGCUGGUUCGUCUCUAAUGGUCAUAAAGAGGUUGUGGAAAUAUUGAUUAGGGAAAAUGCCAACAUUGAAGCAUUGGAUCAAGAUAACCGGACACCUCUUCAUUCUGCUUCCUGGUAUGGACAUGAAGAAGUUGUGGAAAUAUUGAUUAGGGAAAAUGCCAACAUUGAAGCAUUGGAUCAACAUAACUGGACACCGCUUCAUUUAGCAUGCCAAAAUAAUCAUAAAGAGGUUGUGGAAAUAUUGAUUAGGGAAAAAUCCAACAUUGAAGCAUUGGAUCAAUAUAACAGGACACCUCUUCAUUGGGCAUGCCAGAUAGGUCAUAAAGAGGUUGUGGAAAUAUUGAUUAGGGAAAAAGCCAACAUUGAGGCAUUGGGUCAAUAUAACUGGACACCUCUUCAUUUAGCAUGCCAGGGUGGUCAUAAAGAGGUUGUGGAAAUAUUGAUUAGUGAAAAAGCCAACAUUGAGGCAUUGGAUCAAGAUAACUUGACACCUCUUCAUUUAGCAUGUUUGCAAGUUCAAAAAUUGAUUGAUUUGUCUAUAUUAGAGAGACUUUCAGCCCUUGGCUGGUUCGUCUCUAAUGGUCAUAAAGAGGUUGUGGAAAUAUUGAUUAGGGAAAAUGCCAACAUUGAAGCAUUGGAUCAAGAUAACUGGACACCUCUUCAUUUAGCAUGUCUGGAUGGUCAUAAAGAGGUUGUGGAAAUAUUGAUUAGGGAAAAAGCCAACAUUGAAGCAUUGACUCAAGAUAACUGGACACCUCUUCAUUUUGCAUGCCGGAAUGGUCAUAAAGAGGUUGUGGAAAUAUUGAUUAGGGAAAAAGCCAACAUUGAAGCAUUGAAUCAACAUAACUGUACACCUCUUCAUUUAGCAUGUCUGGAUGGUCAUAAAGAGGUUGUGGAAAUAUUGAUUAGGGAAAAAGCCAACAUUGAAGCAUUGGAUCAAAAUAACUGGACACCUCUUCAUUUAGCAUGCCAGGGUGGUCAUAAAGAGGUUGUGGAAAUAUUGAUUAGGGGAAAAGCCAACAUUGAAGCAUUGGAUCAACAUAACUGUACACCUCUUCUUUUUGCUUCCUGGAAUGGUCAUGAAGAAGUUGUGGAAAUAUUAAUUAAGGAAAAUGCCAAUAUUGAAGCAUUGGAUCAACAUAACUGGACACCUCUUCAUUUUGCAUGCCGGCAUGGUCGUAAAGAGGUUGUGGAAAUAUUGAUUAGGGAAAAAGCCAACAUUGAAGCAUUGACUCAAGAUAACUGGACACCUCUUCAUUUUGCAUGCCGGAAUGGUCAUAAAGAGGUUGUGGAAAUAUUGAUUAGGGAAAAAGCCAACAUUGAGGCAUUGGAUCAAUAUAACUGGACACCUCUUCAUUUAGCAUGCCAGGGUGGUCAUAAAGAGGUUGUGGAAAUAUUGAUUAGUGAAAAAGCCAACAUUGAGGCAUUGGAUCAAGAUAACUUGACACCUCUUCAUUUAGCAUGUUUGCAAGUUCAAAAAUUGAUUGAUUUGUUUAUAUUAGAGAGACUUUCAGCCCUUGGCUGGUUCGUCUCUAAUGGUCAUAAAGAGGUUGUGGAAAUAUUGAUUAGGGAAAAUGCCAACAUUGAAGCAUUGGAUCAAGAUAACUGGACAACUCUUCAUUUAGCAUGUCUGGAUGGUCAUAAAGAGGUUGUGGAAAUAUUGAUUAGGGAAAAAGCCAACAUUGAAGCAUUGGAUCAAAAUAACUGGACACCUCUUCAUUUAGCAUGCCAGGGUGGUCAUAAAGAGGUUGUGGAAAUAUUGAUUAGGGGAAAAGCCAACAUUGAAGCAAGUAAUAAAACAUUAAUAAAAAUCAAACAAAAGCUAUCAGCGAUGAAAUUGUUACUUGGGACACAGAGAACAGACGUCCAAGUUCAUGUAGUGCAGUUGUGUAAAGCAUUGCAACGGUUGUUUUGAAAUAACUGGGAAUGUGGCCAUUACGCGGCGCUGUCACAUUUUGAAUCGGGGUACAAAUUUGCCGUUGUUUUAGCUUUUGGCGCUAGUGUCACCAAGUGUGCACCCUAGUAUAGUUCCACCAAGAGAAUGUGUUGGUUUUACUUGGAAAACAUUAAUUGAAUUCUUGUUCAACUUGUUUCUUAUUGAAAAUAAUGAAACUUAUUAUCAAUGGGUUGCUCAAAUUUUGUUGCUGGAUAAGUGAAAUAAUCAUAAACAUCUUGUUAUUUAAGAAAAUAAAGCUCAGAAUCUGAGUAGGAAAAUUUAAAGGUGCGCUAGUGAAAUAUUUCUUCAGAAAGCGCCAUCAUGGUGUCGAAACAAGUUUUUGAGUGGGAAAGUCACCGUCGAUGUCGCUACUGAGCUUGUUUUUUCUUUACACAAGAUUUUCAAGCAAUUUUGUUCGAGCAUGUUCGUCUGUUCUCUGUGCUUGGGAGUAGAGACAUUAGGGCACAGAGAAUAGACAUCCAAGCACAGAGAACAGACGUUUAAGCUCGAACAAAAAUACGUCGAAAUCGUGUGUAAAGGAUUUAAGUGUACCUCAACGCCACCAACGGAGACUGCCCCACAUAAAAAGUCGAUUUGACCCCACGAUGGCAGCGUUCAUCGUUAAAAUACACUAGCCGACAAAGCGACACGAGCGCCAAACGGCCAAAAACGGCGAGCACUGGAAACAAAUUUGACAACACAACAAUGUAAGUGAUGGGACGCUAGCGCCGCGCAACGGGAGCAUAACCACAUACUCUAAUAUGACCGUUACAAAGUUUUACACAAGGCAGAAAGCGAAGAUAGACGUCUGUUCUCUGUGAUCCAAGUCCAGUUCCGAAACUGUGUAAGAAAUUUAACGGCCAUUUGAAAUCGGCAACACAAGUGGCAAUAGCGUGGCGCUGCAAUCGGUUAAUUUCCCAUACUAAUUACGCGGCACUGUCACAUUUUGAAUCGGGGUACAAAUUUGCCGUUGCUUUACCUUUUGGCGCUAGUGUCACCAAGUGUGCACGAUAGUAUAGUUCCACCAAGAGAAUGUGUUGUUUUUACUUGGAAAACAAUGAUUGAAUUCUUGUUCAACUUGUUUAUUAUUGAAAAUAAUGAAACUAAUUAUCAAUGGGUUGCUCAAAUUUUGUUGCUGGAUUAGUGAAAUAAUCAUAAACAUCUUGUUAUUCAAGCAAAUAUAGCUCAGAAUCUGAGUAGGAAAAUUUGAAGGUGCGCUAGUGAAAUAUGUCUUCAGAAAGCGCCAUCAUGGUGUCGAAACAAGUUUUUGAGUGGGAAAGUCACCGUCGAUGUCGCUGCUGAGCUUGUUUUUUCUUUACACAAGAUUUUCAAGCAAUUUUGUUCAAGCAUGUUUGUCUGUUCUCUGUGAUAGAGCUCUCUUGUUGAGCUCUAAGAGCUUUUCCCUGCACGGUCAGAAAAUUCACUCAUUUUGGAGCUAAAGUGGGACAACUCAAAAAUGAGUA